GCAGCUGAGCUCGAGGAUGCGAUCAAGUCUUGUGACAAAGACCACAUGGCGACGGCGAAGGACCUCCUGCUGGCACAGCUUCGAGAUGUGCGCGCCAAGUUGGAGGCCAAGAAGUCGGAUAUCACGAUUCACACUAAUGUCGGGCACAGGCUGGCGAAAGCCAAGAAGCGCCAGACUCAAGUCGCUGAAGAGCUGCGCCUCCAGAACGAGUCGAUCAAGGAGGCGGAGGCCAAGCGUGAUGAUUUGUUGGCAAAGCAAAAAGCAUUGGAUGCAGAAGUCAAGGAUCUCAACCAGCAGCUCGUGGAUUCCAUACCACAGGAUGCUCCUGGUCGUGCCUUUCCUCGUGUCCCAAGCUUGGAGCUGCCAACGGAGGUUCUUCAGGGCAAUGACGAAAUCAAAGAGAUGCUGGAGUCCCAGGCCUUCAAGGACUACGAGAAGCUCCUCAUGGAGAAUGCCAAGAAGGCGGCCAGUGACAGUAAAGAUGGUGUCACUGAACCUGUGCCUAUGGAUGAUGAUGAGGAGCUGGACGCUUGCUUCCAGGACGCAGCCGAUGUCGAGGCUUUCUGGGAGAAGCACAAGGGUGACAAGCGAGCGAUCGUGGAAGCGCUGUCGGCACAAGCAGCGCUCGCCCCGCCCAAGAAAGUUGGUCGACGUGAGGAGGUGGCGAGGUUGAGUGCACACUGUGGUCCAGGGCCAGCACGGGGAGUUCGAACAGUCGAACCGAAGCGUGUGCCCACCGUCUUGACCGAUGAUGCCUUUGACUUUUACGUGAUGCACUUUGGAGUUGACUGGACAGUCCAGCGGCAGAACUCGUUGCGUAUCCAGUGGCGGCUGUUCGACUACCUGGUCUACGGCAGCUUCGACGACGAUCAAGCGGUAGGCGGGCAGGCUCAUGUGCUGAGAGUCUCCGAGGCGGAGGCUCAGGGUAGUUCUGUGCAGUCGACGAUGAUAGGCCAUGUCUCUACGCUCACGGAGACUCGGUCUGGCCAAGCUUUUGAGGUCCCAGGGGCCGUUUGUAGCGACCCCGAGGCCCAGCUGGGCAACGUUUGUGGCGCCUCUGCGGAAGCUAACAGAGCUGCCAGUCAUGAGUCUGUGAGUGUGGCGUGGAAUCUGCUGAACUUAGCGUGGACAAGUUUUUCUGAUGUUAUGGAGCUGGAGCUCGAAGGUAAGCUCGACACCCCGAUCAAAAACAAAGGCCUCAAGGGGCUGCCGCCGUCGGCUAAGUGGGUUUCUGUUUUCGCUAAGCCGAGACGAAGGCCCGAGGACGAAGAGUUGGUUUUGGAAGGGUGGAUUUGGCUCCAGCAGACGCUUCGAGAUCUCCAGUGCACGGCUAUGAGGGUUCACGAGAACCGAGACGGCGGUGACCAUCAGGACGUUCAGGCGCUUUGUAACCUGUGCGCCAGCCUCCGCCAGCCCUUCGACGGCGAGGGCCUGUCGGUGAGGCUGGACGCCACCGUCGGUGCUGCCAG